AUGACCAGCGUCUGGCUGGGCUUCUUUUACUACCUGUUCUUCUUUGUCCUGGCCAUCGGCCUCCUCACGAUCGUCGUGACCGUCGAGAUCUCGAUCCUCUGCACCUACAUCCAGCUGUGCGCUGAGGACCACAGCUGGUGGUGGCGCGCGUUCCACCGCGGCGGCUGCGUCUCGCUGUACGUGGCCGGCUACGCGGUCUGGUUUCUGUACACGACGCUGGGCAGCAUGUCUGGCUUCCUGCCGGUGCUCGUGUACGCGAGCUACAUGUCGAUAUUUAUCAGUGGGAUCUACUUUGGUAUGGGCGCGGUCGGGUUCCUGGCCAGCGGCGCGUUUGUCUACUUCAUAAUGGGCGCGGUCAAGGCGGACUAG